AAUGUAAACAAACCAAAAUUUCUUCUAAUUUUAUUUUUUAUUUACGAGAACAAAAUUGCCCUUUACCUUUAUUAAUGCCAUUUUGUUACUUACCAAACUCACCGAAACAUGUACAAGCGUCGAAACGUGUGGAAGAACUUCCUUUGCUACGGAUUGGUUUUCAGUUGCUUCGUUUUCGUCAUAAACCUGUUUUUCACGAGCCGCCCAGCUAGCCCUCCAUCCUACGUGGAGUUAAAGCGAGAAGAUAUGCUUCAGAAUCUGGUCGAGGUGACUAGUAAGAACCUCACAAGCUACGCGUACGAGGAGUGUGAAUACCGGAGCGUGGUUCUGGAGUCGGCGGUCCUGUCUCCGAGUGCUGAGGCAGGCUGGUCCCUCGGCCGAGGCGUCAGGGACGGCGGGGUGUACGCGCCGAGCGAAUGCCGUCCUAAGUACAGCGUUGCCGUCAUUGUCCCCUAUAGGGAAUCAGUGAGCCGCCUCUACAAGUUCCUGAUGUUCAUGCACAGCUUCCUGCAUCAUCAGCAGCUCCACUACCGCCUCUACAUCGUGGAGCAGAUGGACACGGAGCCGCUCAACCGAGCCAGGUUGCUGAACAUCGGAGCUGCGGCCGCCAUAGAGCACGGGUUUCCUUGCCUGAUACUGCACGACCUCAAUCUGUUGCCAGUGAGGCCCGCCAACCUGUAUGCGUGUACGAAGCUGCCUAGAUUAAUGACACACUAUGUUAAAUAUAGAUUACCAUACACUGUAAUAUCUACAAAUAGUAUAAUAGCAAUAACUUCUAAGCAAUUCAAGACAAUAAAUGGAUUAAGCAAUAAAAACGAUGACUGGAUCGAGGGUUUGGAUGCCAGGCUGGAGGCUCACGAGCUCAAGAUGUGCCAGUUUGAGCCCGAAGUCAGCAAGUACUAUAAUAUAGAAUAUGAUGAGUCUGACUGGGUUACCAGCCUAAAUCAAGAGCGGCAAUCAACAACGAAACAAUAUACUGAUGACGAUGGAAUAAGCACCAACAAAUAUACCAAAGUAUCCACGGUGCUGCACCCACAGUUCACACACAUCAUGGUAGACCUGGCUGUACGCUCGUAUAUUAACUUAAACUAUGCGUAAUAAUCCUUAUAAUGAAAAAGGACCAAUUUGUUUUGUUGAUGUAUUGUGUUUCCUGAGUAAAAAUGUGUAAGACGGUGCCGUAAGGAAAUAGAUAAAUCUGUAGUGUCUUUCUUAAUAGAUCUGAUAACUAAGGUAAAUUUAAAUAACCAUAUCUAUUAGAGAUAAAUUUAAUUAUAAGGAUAUCUGAGUAGAAAGUGCCUCUUAAUUUAUGUUGUGGAUAUCAGAAGUUUAUUAUAAUUUAAUUACUAAUAAAAAUUGUGAAAAGAAUAGGCCACGCCUAUCUAAAUUUGUAACCAGAUUUUUUGUGAAAAACUCAAAUGCAAAUGUGUCUUGUAAAACUUUAAACUCCGUUAUUGCCCAAAAAUGCCUUAAUUCGAGUACAAAAUCUUAAUUUUAAAUUAAAUAUACUUAGGCUAGUUAUUAGUGAUACGCAUUUGUCAGCCUGAAUUCCUAGUACCUAUCUAAUUUAGAUUCUAAGAGACCGAUUAUUGAUUGUAUGUUCCUAUUAGCUAUGCCAUUAAGCUUUAUUAUGAACUGUCAAUUUUACAUCUCUACAUGCACCUUAUUUAGAAAAUUAAAUGGCAUAAACUCAUAAAAUAACGAUAAAAUGAAGUACCUAUGACAGACCUAACUAAUUUCUAGUUCCUAAAAAUUAGGCAGUAAAUAUCAUACCUAUGUGAUAGAAAGAUUCAAUAAUCAUAAUAGUUAUUACUAUAAUUAUUAUGGGUUAAAUUGCCCUGAGCGUGUUUUCGGCAUAUCACUGUAUUUAACAAAUUCUAGUCAUCAUCUGUAGUGAAGUUGUGAUAGUAAAUUUGAUAGUGAGAUUAGUUUAGUGAUUAGAAUGAGAUAUACGAGAUGACCUAGAAGGUAAAGAAAUGGUAGAUCAUUGCAAAAAUAAGAAUGUUAAUGUUAUAUUUAUGUAUUUUGUCAUUGCAUGCGCUAAUUUAACGGUAUGCGUUCCUUUUAUGCACAAAUCUUAAAAAGAUAACAAACAUUGGGUGUCUUCUAACAAUUGUUUUGAAUAAUAAACAGAUUUUUAUAUAAAAC